AUGGAAGUGAGAGAAUCGCGCAAAGCUCAGCGUCGGUUAGGGUCCUUCUCCUCCUUCUUCCUCGUCGCGGCUCUGGUUUCGAUCACCGCCAUCGACGCUUCCGUCCACGACUACUUCAACGAGGCCUUCACCUCCCGCUCCAACGCCUUCUUCUUCCAUGGCGGCAGCGAGGGCCUCCGCGCCCCCCGCUCCGCGAUCCCGCCUUCCUCCUCCAUGACGUCGUCUCCCAACAUCACGACCGGCCCCAAGGGGAAGUCCUUCAUCAGCUACCUGCUCUACAGACACGAACGCAUGUGUUUGCACAAUUGCUCUGGAUUGGAGACAGACGGCCUGAUGAUGUCGCCUUCAUAAGGAGAAAGGAGUCUGCUGAUGCACAAAAUGGAAUGCAAGAGAAUAGGGGCUUGGCAGAGGCUAUCAUACUUGAUAUAAAAGAUCGGAAGUGUUUAUUGGAAAUCUGAUAUGAUAUGAUGCACUCCGGGUUGGCUGAUGAGAAAGCCUGUAAAUUAGGUCAAUUUUUUUUUUUUUUUUGAUACCCAGGGAAUCCCGUCAGCCGUUCGUCACCUUGCAGCGGUACAUAGCCGCCAAGUAAAUGUGAUGCUAGCGGAGGACCCACCAUCUCGAUAUCACACUUAAGACGCCGAUGCUUCCCCUGGGGUUUGAACCCUCGACCUUUCCCCCAAGGUUGAGGUUUCUUAUCCAGCGGAGCCACCAAGGCCGGUGGUUGUAAAUUAGGUCAAGUUAUUGUUCAGAGAAACCCAGAUAACCCCGAAUGGCCUAGACAAAUAACAACUUCCUUUGCUGGGAGAAAUCAAGAAACAAAGAUGGAUAGCAUGACUGUCGAGAUCGAUAAGACGGGGAUGUACUACUCAUAUUUUAUGUUUUGUGAUCCACAUCUCAAGGGUACCAUAAUUAAAGGGAGGACAGUAUGGAGAAAUCAAAGUGACUGCUCGAAUUUUGUCGGGCUUGGCCAUGGACA